UGGCAGACUUGGUCGUGAGUCGUGACACUCCACUUAUCUAGAGGUGGGGGUGCCGGCCGCCGCCGGCGAGGCGUCCUGGCCCCGCCCCGGCCCCGCCAUCUCACCUUGGGAGAAGUUACCAGAAAAGAAUGAGAUGGAGGAGGAGCACAGCGGCGGGGUGCGGCGGAGGUGGCUCGUCGACGUCGCCCGCUGGCGCCCCUCCCCGACGCAGUUCCAAGCCGCGGCUGCCCUCCUGCCGCUGCACCACCGCCAUGCCAUCUCCAGGUUUGUCAAGGAGGAGGACAGGAAACGAGCGCUCAUCAGCCGGCUGCUCCAGUACUCGCUUGUGCACCGUGUUCUUGGCAUCCCAUUCCACCAGAUCGACAUAUGCCGAACAACUGAAGGGAAGCCGUAUCUGAAGAAUGGCCCUCCGGCCUUCAGAAACUUCAAUUUCAACACGUCGCAUCAGGGUGACUACGUCGGCAUAGCAUCUGAGCUUCUUUGCCUUGUUGGCCUUGAUAUUGUGUGUAUCUCUAAGCCUCAGGGAGAAACCACCGUGGAAUUCCUUAAGAAUUUCUCUUCAUACCUCACAGACCAUGAGUGGAACUGCAUUGGUCACGCUGCCGGUUCCAUUGAGAUGUUAACAGAAUUCUACAGGUACUGGUGUCUCAAAGAAGCAUUUGUUAAAGCUGUAGGCGCUGGGGUUGGAUUUGGGCUGCAUCGCUUGGAAUUCCACCAUGUUGAAUGGAGUAACAUCUCUGUCUACAUUGACGGGAUAGAGUCUAGGAAAUGGAGGUUCUGCCUUUUCAAGCUUGAUGAAUUGCAUUUGGCGUCCAUAGCGAAAGGGCAUCCGGAGGAUGCUACACACAGCUUCAAGACAACAUUGUCUGAUGUGGUUGUUGAGGACGAAGAAUUUUAUGCUGCACUAGAGAUACCAGAUGAAACUUUCACGCUACAGACGGCGGAGCAACUUACACAAUUAUAGUCUUAGCUGGCUAGAUUUCUUACAUAGUGCAGUAACAUAUGAGUGCAGGAUUAUAUCAAGAGAUGAAACGCCUUAGGCUUAUUGAUUCCCAGUUGCAUACCACUUCACGAAUGAAUCAAGAGAUGACAUAUAUA